AAAUCCAUAUAAAAACAUGUUCUAAGCAAGAAUUAAAAUAUACAUAAAUAUAUUUUAAUUCGUGGUUCUAAGAUCAUGCCGAACCUUCGCUGCCAACAUCAUGUCGAAUCUCCGGCAAAAUGGAAAAACAUCCAUUCUCUUGAAUGUAAAAAUCGAACACAACGACUUCUAACGGCUGAAUGCAAUUAUUAGACGCUGCCACUAUUUACAAUAGAAUGGUAUUUUUAAAUAAAAUGGCGUCAAUAAAUUCAGCUAAAGAAGUGUUGCUCAUUGAACCAGAAAAUGGUGAUGCAAAAUGCGUAAACAAUAAACAACGAUCAAAGAAAGAUAAAGAUGUUGUAGCGAUCGAUUGCGAAAUGGUUGGCAUUGGACAAAGAAGUGUAUUGGCUCGUGUUUCAAUUGUUGAUUCUAAGGGCGAAACCAUCUACGACAAGUUUGUCAAGCCCAGAGGAAAAGUUACAGAUUAUCGUACGCGGGUGAGCGGCAUUCGACCGCAAGACAUUGCAAAUGGGGAGUUAUUUUCCAUAGUAAAAACAGAAGUCCAUCAAAUAGUCAAACAGAAAUUAUUGGUUGGUCAUGGACUAGAACAUGACCUGGAGGUAUUGGAGUUAAACCAUCCCAAACAUUUGCUUAGAGAUACCUCAACAUACUGGGAAGUGAAGGAAAAUACAAAAGUUAGAAAGCCUAGUCUGAAACUACUGGCAUCAAAAUUACUUGGAGUCAGUAUACAGGAUGGAGAACAUAGUUCAGUUGAAGAUGCUAAUGUAGCACUUCAGUUGUACAUGAAAGUACGCAAAGAUUGGGAAAGUAGAUUUAAAAAAAAGUCGUCCCGAACAUCAUACUCCUGGGAGGAAGCCGGGAUUUAGACUUUUGGGAUAAAUCUUUUUGAUGCCUCUAGCAUUUUUUGAACGCUAAUUAAAGUUUAAUUUUGAAUAAUUAUUAAAAUAAUAGUUUUUAAAAUAAUUUAACUUGCAAAAAAUUUAAAAAGGGGUCUAUUUAAUACAUUUUGUUGAUUAAGUUUGUAAUAUUGUGAAAUUAUUUUUCUUAAAAUAAAAUAUAUCAUUAAAAUUUAA